AUGCCUCGCGCCAUCCGAGCCUUCCACGCGGCACCCGUUUUCCAGUUUGCUGACGUCCCGGCUUUCACAGGAGUGCUCAUCGAGUGCGACCCCUCCAUCAAGUCCAUUAUCGUCAACAUCGACGCCGCAAACCAUGAUUACAUCAUCGAGGACCUCGACGACCAGCACGUCGUCGUCAAGGAGAACAUGGUCGCCGCGCUAAAGAGACAGCUCGACGAUGUAGGUUCCACCAUAAACGAGCAGUCCCCCCACUUCACGAUGCACAUUGCUGCAUAUUGA